AUGCAGCAGGCAGCCCUCAGGCGUGCGGCUCGAGCCGCGCUGACCCAGGUGGGCGCCGCGACCUCACGCCGCGCCGUUCCUUCCAUGGCAUCGUCCGUGUACACCGCGGCGGCGGCUCCCACUGCCCGCACCGCCGUAGCCUCCGUCGCCAAGGCUGCGUCGUCGCUUCCCGCCAACCCCGGAACAUCGCGGGGCUUCGCCGCCUCCGCCGGGACGAUCGCCGAGGCUGCGUCCGCGCUCGAGCAGCAGUACGCCACGCCGCUUCAGGCGCUCCAUUGGCUCAUCGCGGGCGGAACCGUCGGGACGUUCGCGUUCGUUCAGCUCGCCAUGAACCUCCCGAAGGAUCAGGCUGCCGAGAAGGGCCGAUUCAUGAUGCUCCACAAGUCGCUUGGACUGUGCGUGCUGGGGCUGACGAUCCCAAGGCUGGCGCUGCGUCUGACGACCAAGAUCCCCGCCGCGGUGCCCGGCAGCAAAGCGGAGCAGAUCGCCGCGCAGCUCGGGCACCUCGUCAUGUACGGCAUGAUGACGGCGAUGCCCGUGUCGGGGUUCAUAAUGGGAUACUACGGCGGUCGCGGGCUGCCCUUCUUCGGCUACACCAUCCCGGGAGCGUCCAAGAGGGACGGUAAGCUGGCGGGUAGGGCGUUCAAGCUGCACAAACAGCUGGGCUGGUACUACGAGAUGUUCGUCCCACUUCACGUGGGCGCGGUGGGCAUGCACGCGAUCAAGGGCCAGAACAUCAUGCGGCGCAUGGGCGUGACGGCGUUUGGCUGAUGA